AUGACAAAGGUGACAGAGCAGCUCACUGCUUUAGGAACUACUGAAGAGAUUGUACAGCCAGAUAAUAUCAAGCUUGUACUGCAUAAUAACUAUGCCAAUGGUAGUGACGUCAAAGCCAAAGAGCUGCUACUAUUUUUCAGAGAUGCAGUAGAGGGCUUAUUGGUGCCUAUUACCCAUCCAUCUAAAACUCUGGCCACUUCUGGCUCUGUUAUGAACUAUGAUCAAAUCGCUGGUGCUGAUAACUUGCAUGGUGUUACCUGUUAUUUGGAUUCGCUAAUGUUUGCCAUGUUUGCACGAUUAGAAAAUUUCGAACCAAUAUUGUAUAAAACGUUUGAGAGUGAUGAGAAACGGGAAAAUUUGGCAAUAUUUCUACGACUAUAUGUUAAUCUACUAAGAAGCGGCAAGCUGAUUACUACUGAUGUCACCAAAUGUCUGCUUGACACAAUAUUCAAUGCUGGAUGGACACCAUCGAGUAAACGGUAUGAGCAACAAGAUGCGGCCGAAUUGUUUAAUUUUAUAACUGAAAAGCUCAGCAUGCCACUGUUAACGUUACGGGUUGAUAUAGCACACGCUGGUAAAGAGGUUGCUGAGGAUGAUCAUAAGCUGGUGAAUGAGAGACUAUUGUUAGUUCCAAUUCCCGGUGAGAGAACAGAUCCACCUGUGACUUUAGAAGAGUGUUUAGAGAGGUAUUUUGCCAACUCAGUAGAAGUUUCAAGACAGUUAGAACGAUUUGGAAGUGAUUUUUCUGAUCUUGCUAGAAGGAGCCCCAGUGCAAACCACAGUGGGGUGAGAAAAGGAGCGUCGUCUCCAAAUUUGGCUAAACCAGUGCGAAAAUUCUCAUUAGAAACAGUCGAGAUCCCUCGAUUUUUGAAAGAGAUUGAAAGGAAAGCAACGGAGAACCAAUCUGACGCAGGAUCUGGUACUGGUAGAAGUAGUCCUGCUAUCGCAUCGACUGAAGAAGGCAACGAUGAAAACGACUAUCCAGAUCAUAUGGUCAAGAAAUUACGCACCAGAGCGUCUACAUCACACUCACUUCCUCCAUCAUACGACUCCUUAUACAAAGACCGACCCCCACCGACUCUACCGCCGCAGAAGGUGGUAGAUCUGUGGAACCAGAAAAACGAAAUUACAUUACCAGCAUGGAUGUUUCUACAGUUGCUUCCAUUCUACAGUGAUAUGAGAUCCCAGCAACAGAAGAAGCAUGAUAAAAAGGUCCUUAGAAACCAAUUUUUAAAUGGAAAUGGCACUGCUAAUGAAGAUAAAAAAGACGAUGAUGAUGAAAACGAUGAGGUGGAUGCUCCUGUUGAAGAACAUUUUGCGAAUGCACGACCCGUUCUUGGUAUCUGUUUGAAACGGUACUCAUGGACUCCAGAAGGACAGUCAAUCAGAAAUGACCGACAGGUAAUUGUUCCGCAAACUAUCCAUUUACCGUCAUUUGUAGCCGAUGACUCUGAAGAAGGAUCUCUUUUUGGUAAUUUCAAGCUUGUUCUUGAAAGUGCUAUAUUCCAUCGCGGCACAAGCAUAAAUUCAGGUCACUUUGUUGCCAUUGCUGCUGAAGACGCAGCAAUUGACUAUAGUGCAGAAGAGGUAUUGCCUAGUAACAAUAACAGUACAGGCAGUUUCUUCAACAGUCGACGACGUCAUCACCGCCGUCAUCAUACCCAUAACGACCGAGAUGUAUUACCAGUACCUAAGUCACCCUUGUCACAGCCUGUUAGUGGAAGGAACAGCGAAUCUGGACCACGUCCUAAACGAUGGGUGUUUUUUGAUGACCUACAACCAGUGGGAAAAAAGACUCAAAUAGUAGACUUUGACGAAGUAUUUGCCAGGGAGUGCCCAUAUCUCUUGUUCUAUCGUAUGGUAUCAGCCAAUGACGACGAGGCUCUAUCUACUAAAUCCCGUGGUGACAUUCAACCACUACCGUAUGUUAGUUCACUAGAUCUAAGUCAUUCAUCUAGCAUUGAGAGUGACACAUUGGACAGCGUAACUGAUACAUUUGUCAACGUGCCUCCUUUCGAAUCACAAACAACAAUACAAACAAUGUCGACAGUAGCAGAUCAGCUAAGCACAACUGGAGAUAGAGGCCGGGGAGGGAAUGCUGACACAAGUAGUAUUGAUAUGAACGAAUUCAAAAACGAGACAAAAGGCGAACGUCGGAGUAAACUGUUCCGACUUACAAGGGGUAAGUCAGCUCAAGAUAUCAAUUCCAGAUCAAGAUCUGCACCGCCAGACAAACGUAAUCUUUCAACGCCAAGAAUGUUUGAGCAGGGUCUUGAUCCCAGUCUGCCUUCACUGGACGUUGUUCCCAAUCCUGUAUACCCAGGAGCCACACAUAGACAACAACCACUGGCAUCUGGAGUCGAUGCGUCGAGAAUGUCAUCACGGUCACUUCGUCGCCGGGCGAACGAAACCCAAUACAACGUUGAUGAAAAGUGUGUCCUCAUGUAG